AUGAGCACUCAACAGCCGAUGAUCGUGAUGACCGGUGGCCAGACUGGACCGGGAUACGAGGCGGCUCGCACCACCGCAAACGACAAGCCGGACUCCUUGGUCACCACCAGCUCUCGAUCGUCUGGAGAAGAGGCAGCACAAACAAUCAAUGGAGAGACAGACCAUUCGAAUGUUCACUAUCUCAAGCUCGACCUUGCGGGCCUGAAUGAUAUCCGACGAUUCGCCCACGAAAUCUCUGCCAAUCGGCUUCCUGUAUCAGCUGUCGUGCUUAAUGCCGGCCUUCAAUCGUUGAGCCUCUCUUUCACAACAGAUGGCAUCGAAACUACUUUUGGAGUAAAACAUGUCGGACACGCGCUGUCGUUCCAUCUUCUGCAGCCAUUUUUGGCCAAAAAUGUACGAGUUGUGCUCACCUCGUCCGGCGUCGUCCAUGACCCAGCGCCGCAGGCAGAAGAGCGGCAUGCCAGAUGCAAAGUACAUCAAGGCGGAGCUGCUUGCGCACCCCAACCCGGCGUCUUUGAGCGAUAA